AUGUUGCUGUGGUCAAGCUACGUCCUAAGUCCGAGACAGCCAACGAAACAGAACAGGGCCAUGUCCUGGUCUCGGGGUCCGGGGCCUGCGUGGGGCGCCACAUGCCGAAGCUACCAAGCGUCCGUCCUGUCAGGUCAUGGGUCAUGGCAGUUGGAUUUUUCGCGAUCCAUCCGGGCUUGGCCUGGCUUUCUCAUCUUGGGUGGCAUUCCUAUGGCGCGCCGAAACUCCGCAGCGGAAUCGAGGGUCCAGCAGAAGCGGGCUAGCGAGAACGAGUGCGACUGGAACAAAGAGAGUCACAGCGAAAGAGAGAGAGAGAGAGAGAGAGAAGCGAUGGCGUCCCAGGCCGCAGAGACCUGCAGGGGCGGGAUCGGCCCAAUUGCCGCGAGGCAGCCCGAAGAAGAGAAGAGGUCUCAGCGAGGCAGCCCGAAGAAGAGAAGACGUCUCAGCGAGGCAGCCCGAAGAAGAGAAGAGGGUCUCAGAGAGGCAGCCUCUGCGACGGCGAAUGCCAAGAUUGCGCUUGGCGGGUCACCUAUCCGCCGCCUACCUGCGCACCAACGACACCCCCGUCGCCUUCCCGACGAGACCGUCUACGGCCUCGGCGCCGACGCCACCCGCUCCGCCGCCGUCAAGGGCAUCUACGCCGCCAAGGGCCGGCCCUCCGACAACCCCCUCAUCAUCCACGUCAGCGACCUCACCAUGCUGCGCCGCUUCCUGGCCCCGCCGCCGCCGUCCGACACACCAGACGCCGUCGUCACCGCUGCCGCCGCCGCCGACCCCAUCCCGGCCAUCUACAAGCCUCUCCUCGAGCGCUUCUGGCCGGGACCCCUGACCAUCCUGCUGCCCCUGCCCUCGCCCUCGCCGCUGGCCCCCGAGGUGACGGCCGGCCUGCCGACCUUCGCCGUCCGCAUGCCCGCCUCGCCCCUGGCCCUCUCCCUCAUCGCCCUCGCCGACACGCCCCUCGCCGGCCCGUCCGCCAACGCCUCGACCAAGCCCUCGCCGACCGCCGCGCGCCACGUCCUCGACGACCUCGCCGGCCGCAUCGAGCUCAUCCUCGACGCCGGCCCCUGCGACGUCGGCGUCGAGAGCACCGUCGUCGACGGCCUCUGCGACCCCCCCGUCAUCCUGCGCCCCGGCGGCAUCGCCCUCGACCGCCUGCGCGCCUGCCCCGGCUGGGCCCGCGCCGUCAAGGGCUACCGCGACGCCAGCGAGGAGGGCGCCGCCGCCCCGCGCGCCCCCCGGGCAUGA